AUGGUCGAUGAUAAUGGCGGCGCCAAAUACAAUCUCCCAUAUCGAGAGACAAGGCUGCCCCUUAGUACCAGUUCAGCCUUGUCAGACGACGAUCUUGAAAUGCAGUCUAUGAGGAACCGGAAUCAUACGACACCAAAAUCCGCUGUGGAUGGAGGUGGGAGAGAGGAGAGCUUGCCGCAGUUAAGCCCACCCCGGGAGAGUAAUCCUAAUACUAACGAAAACAACGGCUCCAUCUCGUCGAGCAAACUUUUCUGGCGACGGCUCCUCAAUUCCAGAUACUUAUUUGGGCCAACUGCUGAGGAGACCCGGCGCUUGAACCACUUGUUCGGGUAUGAUAGGUUGGUAUAUAAGCCAGUGGAGUGCUUCCCCAAAGGCUACCCGCAAUUUGCAGCCUUCAUGGGUUCGGACGAUAGCUUUGCGAAUUACCGACAAUUCAGCCGCUUGUCAGCUCGAAUCCUCCUACAUCUUCAAAACGAAUUGACGGAGCUGGAGAAAGAGCUCGAUGCACUUGACAUGAAGGAUGCCGCUGAUCCUAUUAUGAGAAAUCGGUUGUACGGAUUGGACGAUUUUCCAGGAUGUGACAGUGCUCAGAAAGAUUUGAUGUCCGCAAUAAAGAAGAAAUAUAUUGAAUUCACUGAAGUGUUUUCAAAAGCUGCUGAACUUCACAGCUUGGGGCGGUCCACACCACGAGAUCACCGCUCCGUUCUCCACUGGGUUAUGAGCAGGACACCCUUUGCAGCUGGAAAAUAUGACUUUGUUUUCCACGCCGACGACUUCGUCUCGCUGUCUCGGCAGUCCCAAAAUGGGCGAAAAUUCGACAAUCUCAUCGAAUCUUGUCUGGGUGAGAUGCCGUGGCCAAGUAUCAAGUACUUACUGCAGACACCGAAGGAGCGUAGCAAAACCCAGGAUCCAUUUGUCACCCACUAUUCACCCUCGCGGCUCACUUGGCUUGUCAAAUCCAUCACAGUCUCUCUAGCCGUCGGGAUCCUUUUCGUUCCGGUGUACUUGUUAUUCCUUGUUCCAAUGAGCCGUGCCAUGAUGGCGGGGAUUUCUUCAAUCUUCGUGUUUGCAUUCGCGGUGCUCCUGUCGGUGAUAACCGACGCCAAAAUGCAAGAGGUAUUCGCUGGAUCAGCCGCAUAUGCAGCAGUGCUUAUUACAUUUCUCGGCAACAUCGACAAUCUAGCGGGCAGCCGCCCGGCAUGA